GGGGGCUAUCUGUAGUUGAAAGUUAUAUAUUACUUAGUGAAAGAAAAGGAAACCAGCUCCCAAAUGAAGACGAGCUUUUCCGCGCGUCUGUCCUUGGUUGGUUCAUUCAAUGGGUACGCUUCAAAUUCAGCUGGUGGGCUGUCUUCUUGUUCUUGAAGAUAUAAUGGAUAAUUCUCACACGAGGCGCGGCCAGCCCUGUUGGUUUAGAUUGCCUAAGGUUGGCAUGAUUGCUGUGAACGAUGGUAUUCUACUUUGGAAUCAUAUUAAUAGGAUUAUUAGGAAACACUUUCGAGACCAAUCUUACUAUGUUGAUCUCCUCGAAUUAUUCAAUGAGGGUCUGUUCCAAACAGCUUGUGGAGAAAUGAUUGAUCUAAUCGACACAGUCGGGGAGGAGAAAGACUUGUUGAAAUAUACCCUGGCACUUCAACGACGCAUCAGCAAGUACAAGACUGCAUAUGGGACAUUUUAUACUCCAUUUGCUUGCGCUUUGCUAAUGCCAGGUAAGAAGCUGGAUGAUUACAAUGAUGUGAAGGACAUCCUUCUUGAGAUGGGCAUCUACUUCCAAGUACAGGAUGAUUAUUUAGACUGCUUUGGUGAUCCUGAAAUGAUUGGCAAGAUUGAAGAAUUCAAGUGUUCAUGGUUGGUUGUAAAAGCUUUAGAAGUUUGCAAUGAGGAGCAAAAGAAAUUGUUACGUGAUAACUAUGGGAAAUCGGAUCCAGCAAAUGUAGAUGCCGUGAAAUGCCUCUACAAGGAUCUCAAUCUUCAGGGCAUCUUUGCUGAAUAUGAGAUUGAAAUGUAUGAAAAGCUAACAACUAGAAUUGAAGCUUUACCGAGCAAAAGUGUACAAUCAAUGCUUAAGUCUUACUUGGGUAAAAUGUUCAAGAGGCAAAAAUAGACAAAUGCUUAAAAGGGGUCCUAAUUGCAGAUCAAGGCUUUUUAUGACUUCCUUAGUUCCUUUACAAUUUUAUUUGAAAACUAUCUUGUUAUUGCCUUUUAAUUUUAAUGUAUGGAUUUACAAGUUAUAUUUUAUUAUUGGAUUUGUUGUAGGUGUUUUUGGCCUAUUUGUAGGCUUCAUGUUGAAGGGUUAAUUAUUGGGCUAUUUAAAUUCAUUAUUUCA